CCAACCUGCUCCGCUGCUUCACCUGCGACCGCCUGUGUGGGGGCUGCACAGCGCCGGCCCCACCGGCCCGCCAGGGCAUCGUCCUCCAGCCCGUCAUGCCCAGCUGUGACCCCGGCCCGGGCCCUGCCUGCCUCCCCACCAAGACCUUCCGUAGCUACCUGCCCCGUUGCCACCGCACCUACAGCUGCGUCCACUGCCGAGCACACCUGGCCAAACACGAUGAGCUUAUUUCCAAGUCCUUCCAAGGGAGCCACGGCCGAGCCUACCUGUUUAACUCUGUGGUCAACGUGGGUUGUGGGCCGGCAGAACAGCGCCUUCUGCUCACGGGGCUCCACUCGGUAGCUGACAUUUUCUGUGAGAGCUGCAAAACCACCCUGGGCUGGAAAUAUGAGCAAGCCUUUGAGACGAGCCAGAAGUACAAGGAGGGAAAGUACAUCAUUGAAAUGUCACACAUGGUGAAGGACAACGGCUGGGACUGAGGGGCUCAGGCAGGCAGUGCCCUUCCUCCGCAUGCCCCACCCUCCCGUACCUGUCUCCUGGCCCUGACCAGCGGUCUGUACCAGCAUGAGUACUGCUCCACCCCUGGGGGGAUCCCGGCUCCCACCAACCCCUCCCGCCUCCACCUCAUCACUCCCAGGCCUCUUUGGAACAGGGGUCUGGGGUACUCCAGGGGUGUCCAAGGCUCAGGAGUGGGCAGCAGUCAGGAGAGAGGCAAAACUGGGGAAAGGGGUGGUUGUGGGUCCUUCCUAGCCCCAAGGUCCUAUAAAUGGAGGAGAUGGCAGGCCAUGCGUUAGGCAGAGGCCAGUAGGAGGAAUCUGCAAAAAGCUCCACCUUUUCGAGUAAACAGAGGACAAAGCUUGAGUCAGGGGCUGGUAUAUCCUGGGCCACUGAAUAUCAGAGAAAAAGCUUGGGUUGGGGUGAAGUUUGGGCCUCAUACACAGGGAGAAAGCAGUCUCUGAGGGUGAAAGGAAAAAUCUCAAAUCCCAGGCCCUGAGAAAUAAAGGGAUCACAAGGGUUUCCAUUUCACUCCACUUGUUUAUCUUGGCACUAAAGAGGCACUUUCCAGUAUCUAACCUUUGCCACUUAGUGGGAUGGGGAGAGCUGCCUCGGGAGCAGCCCCCACCCCCAGCUGGCUGUUUCCGGAGCGAGCGGUCUCUAGGGGCAUUCCCUGAGGCCCAGCUACUGCUCCCUGGGAGGCGGGAAAUCAGUGCUGCGGGGCCAGGCUUUCUCGUGGCUGCCACCAGCGAAUGAAACUUUUGUAUGAUACAUAAAGUGUUUGGGUUUAUUUUUAAUAAAAAGAGGAAAAGCAGCUAUGAAGUGCUGUCCUCUGACUUUCCUUCCUUGUGCAAGUAAACCAGUCACUCCCCCACACCGUCCCUUCAUGCCACUAGGGGGCAGCAAUUGCUUUGUCUGUGGCAAAACCCCACUGGAGUUUUUACUAAGGGAUGGGUAUCCAGGUGAGGUUUUGUUUAGUAAGAGGGGUGGCUUUCAUGAGUCAUUCCAUUUGGAGCAUCCAAAACCAGUUUGAGUCUACUGGAGCCCUUGAUGAUUAAUCAGUUUUGCCUGGAUUCAUGAUGGGACAUCUGGAAGAACUCAUCCCAGAGCUAGGGUGUUCUUGGGUCCCAGUGCCUUUGAGCCUGAUUCUGUCAUAUUUUGGUCAGCUCACGGCCAUGCUUAAGGCUAAGAGGAAAGUCGCCCAGCUAAGGUGCUGCCCUGGCAACUGAUACAAAGUGGAACAAAACAGUUCAAAAUUGCAGCAUCAACGCAAUCAUGUGACCCAAGUGCAAUUUUUUGGCAGCGAUGUGAAGUUGCUAUUGUUGUUGGGUCACUGACAACUGCGGGGAGGA